UUAUCUUUUAAAUUAUUUGUACUCCAUUUUAAAUACAUUUUUGCAACAUUUUUUAUUGCUAAGUUAGUUUAAUAUGAGUUCCACUUGAAGAAUGUUUGAAUUGUUUCAGUUAAAGUUAAUCAUUUAAUUACAAAAAAACUCUUUGAACCCAAUUUUUCCCGCUGUGUAUGUGACAUACAUUGCAGCUUAGUGACCAGUUGAAUUGGCUGCCGGUUUAAUGCAAUUUGAAAUGUGUAAAGUAACAGCCCCCACCCACUUGGUUGUUUGGUGAUCGGUUGGGAUCCAACCCCUAUCACAGCAGGCGAGGUGUCUUCCAGCGUGGGGCGCUCGGAGCUCUGGGCUUAGUUACAAAUGUGUCUCGUGUGGUGGCAAAGUGGUUGACGCAACGCUUGAGUGCAACCUUGAGUGGCAAGAAAUCCUGUACCAGCUAUCUUAUUGAUCCGGAUUUGUGCCAGCUAUUCGUCAUAGCGAUCGAUAUGAGUUCGUUUAAACAAAUUAAGCAUCUGAGUCCGAAGGAACGUUUGGACUUCCUUGAAUCUUUUGAUUUGGUUUUCUGCGACUGCGAUGGAGUUGUGUGGUAUCCUCUUCAGGACUUUAUCCCCGGAUCUGGGAAAGCCCUGGCUAACUUGGAGCGCUUUGGAAAAAAAGUUACGUUUGUGACCAACAACAGCAUUAUUUCUGUAAAGGAUCACAUAGAAAAGUUUACUAAACAAGGUCAGCUGUUGGUACACGAGGACCAAAUAGUUCACCCUGCUCAAACCAUUUGCGACCAUUUAAAGUCAAUUAACUUCACAGGAAUUAUAUAUUGCCUUGCCACCAAUUCUUUUAGAAAGGUUCUUACGGACGCGGGCUUUCAGUUGACCGAGGAGCAAGGAACCGAUAUGAUCAAGAGUCUCAAGGAUUUGAACGAUGCCGUAUAUGGCGGAGAUCCCGUCCAGGCAGUCGUAAUCGAUGUGGACUUUAAUUUGUCGGCUGCUAAGUUAAUGCGGGCCCACAUCCAACUUCAAAAUCCAAAGUGCUUAUUUCUCGCUGGAGCUGCAGAUGCUUUUAUACCUUUUGGAAAAGGCGAGGUUAUUGGUCCUGGAGUCUUCAUCGAUGUCUUAUCUCAAGCCGUGGGGCGACAACCUAUAACUCUCGGAAAACCCGGGAAAGAACUGCGCAAUGUCCUAUUGAAGCGCUACCCGGAUAUCCCGGCGAGUCGAAUUCUUUUUGUGGGCGACAGCUUGACCAGCGACAUAGCUUUCGCCCGCGCCAGUGGCUACCAGACACUGCUCGUCCUCACCGGCGGAACGAAGUUAAAGGACGUGGAGUUUCUACCGCCAGGGCAUCCCCAGAUGCCGGACUAUUUGACUGAUUGUUUGCAUGAUUUAACGGAUAUUCAAAAAUAAUUUUUUGGAACAAAUCAAAUAUUUUUUUUCUCACAUAAUUAAUAAAUAAUCAUAUUAUUCCACAUAAUCCUGGUAAUGUCGACUGGAAUGUUAAAUAAUAGAUGUUUCUCCAAUAAGUUUAUUUUUUAAGCAUAUUAAUUGUUCCGUUUUAAAUAAAAUUCACAGUCCUAUACCGUAGUACCUAACGAAUACAUGAA